UUUAAAUUCUUUUUAAUAACUUUUAUUGAUCAUUAUUAUUUAGAUUCUUUCUCUAAUUAGGAAUCAUGAAGCGAAUGAAAAUUAUAAAUGUAUGUUACGUUGAUUUAGAAUACGACAAGAUAAACGUGGCAGAUAGAGUAGUAGAAAUGAAUAAUCUAUUUGAAAAAAUGUUAUUGAAGCAAAAGGUUUCUCGUAUAAAAAGAUCAAAUAUAUACAUCGAACGAUAGAGACAAUUCGAUAAUAGCUACACUUUUAAAUAUAUGUAAAGACAUCCAAGCACAAACGUUGAUGCAAUCUAUCUUACGGUAAUUACACAGUAAACAAUUAUUCAGUAUAUAGUAUAAGAUUCAUUCAUUUUCUAAAUGCAUUUGUAAUUAUCAAAAUUCUAAAUAAUUUUUAAUAUUUAUUCUUAUUUAUUAUUAAUCUGACAGUUCAUACAUUCGUUACAGUAUUUCAUAAAUUUUCUAUAAUAUUAAAUAUUUAUUGUUUUUGUAUUGAAAUCGUAUUACAGAAUCGUAUUACAGAAGUCCAUUACAGCAUAUGAAGCUCACUUUGAAUUUUUUAGGAAGUUAGGUAAAUAAUUCAUUUCUUCAUAUUAAUAAAAAUAACAUUAUCUCAUAAUUAAAAUCUAUUGAAUUCAUCCAGAGCUCAUCCAGAGCGAAAUGAUAAUUCUGGAGGAUUCGGAUCUAUAUGCAAUUAUCAAUUGCUUAAAAAUAACAGAAUGCUAUCCCCAGUAUGCUAUAUUAUAUAAAAUAUGGGUGCAAGAAUCUGUAAUCGAGAAAUUUUUAUGGCUUACAAAGAAAUACAACAAUUUAGACUUAUCCUCAUCUGUUGACACUUUUCAAUCAUUGAAGGAUAUUAAAUUUUGUAUACGUAACAAUUUUUCUAAAAACAUAAGCAUAAUAUCCAUGUGGUCAGAAAAUAUUGUAGCUGCGAAGAAUUUUGCAAUAUCCUUAAAUGUACAUUCUUUACAUCACAUAAUAUUACUACAUAAUGUGACUAUUGUCAAGAAUUAAGUUAUUUAUUAAAAUAAAUUUUUUUUAAUUAUUUAGAACCAUAUGGUAUUCAUAAAUUCAUAUAUGGAAUUUUCUGGUGGUAAAACGUUUUUGCCCCUUAUAGAAAUAUAUUUUCUAAAACAUCUAUGGUUGGAUAACAUCUUUAAUACUUUAUGCGAAGGAAAAUCAGAUAUGAUUAAUUUGGCAGAAAUUACAAAUGGAAUGAAUUUAUUAAAUAUUUCUGAAACAGAUUAUUUAAUAUAUCAUUUAUUUUAUGAUGGUAUGUGGCAAAAACCUACACAAAAUACAUAUUGGGAGCACAAUGACAUUUUAUGGGCCAAUGCAACAAAAAGCGAUAUUGUAAGAUGUUAUCAAUCAGCCAAAAAAGGAUUCGAAAUUUGGAGUGCCAAAUCUGUUAAAUCCAGAAUAGAAAUAUUAUCUAAUCUCAAGACUAUGUUAAUUUCUCUUGGUAAACCUUUAUUGGCAGCUAUAGUAGAACGAUUGAUAAACUUGCCCCACAUCUGUCCAAGUGUCAUAGGAAUGACUUGUACUUUUGCAUUCUCGCAGGGUGCAGAAGUAGAAGUAAUGAAUUCUCGCAUGCCACUCGGUGUUAUCACUCUUAAGGAAAAAAUGAAAAUGUUUUAUUUGUCCGAUUAAUGCAAACUUUAAUUGUAGGAAAUACUGUCAUUGUUAUUAAUGAUGGAAAUUUUUGUAAUAUAUUACCAUAUUGCGAAAUAUUUUCAAGAUGUGGUAUACCUGCAGGCGUUAUAAAUUCAUUAUCAUGUAAAAAUAUACAUGUGUUGGAAGACGUAUUAUGUUUAGGUGUAGGGUUCUCGAUUUAUAUUCAAAAGUUUUUCGAAAAAGGUAGAUCAAGAAUGUCGUAUAUAUUAUCACAUGAAAAGCUUACCACACUUAAACAAAUUGUAUUUCCUUUGAAAUAAUUUGGUGAUACGUAGCUCCGAUUUUACAUUACAUAAAGUAUAU